AUGGCUGAAGUCAAGAAGGGUUUACAAUUGGAAGGCAUCCAAACCAACCAACACAAGUCUGGUACCUCUUUCACUGAAAAGUUGAGCGGUGAAGCUCUUGCUUUCUUCUGUGAGAUCGCUGCCAAGCCAUUCUCUGAACAAGCUGUUGCUUUCCUCAACGCUUACUGGUUCGAAGUCCAUGACCAAGCUGAAUUCAUCUACUCAGUUGCAUGGGAUAUUAUCAAGUACGCUGAUAUGCAUUGCAAGGGUAUCCAACUCGUUUACAAGUAUGAUGAAGGUAACGAUUUGGACUUUGAUAUUGGUCUCUACUUUUAUGAACAACUCUGCAAGUUCUGCGAAGACUCAAAGAACCAAGCCAAGUUUGGUGCUGAAUACAACCGUUCCAAGCCAGAGAUGUUGACUGCCCUCAAGCGUAAGCAAGAGCUCAGAGACAAGGUCGAUGUCAACUUUGAUGGUCGUGUCUCCUUUUUGGAGUUCCUCCUCUACCAAUACCGUGAUGUAGCCAAUCCAGCUGAUUUCUGCUCACGUUCAAUGGGUCACGACGAACAUCCAGAGAUCAAGAAGGCUCGUUUGGCUCUUGAAGAAGUCAACAAGCGUAUUCGUGCCUACGAAGAAGAAAAGGCCCGUCUCACCCAAGACGCUGCCGGUACUGGUGUCAAGGCCCUCGGUGCCAAGAACAUGUUGGCCCAAAUCGAGUCAUCCCCACUCAAGGAAGAACUCAACAAGGCCCUCAUCACUGCCGAAGCUGCCGUCCGUAUUGCUUGCAAGAAGUACGGAGGUGUCGCUUUCAACGGUGCCGGUGGCAAGGGUGGUCAACACUCUUCCGAAGGUGCUCUCUGGUGGUUGAACCGUGAUUUGACUGAAAAGAAGCUCCGUUACGGUCCAUCAAAGGCCCAGUAA